AUGACGCAGCGACGUUGCCGAGUGGGCUUCUUCCUUCUGACUGCGCUUUGUGUCUCGUCUUGGCCAAGCUUCCUCGGAGGACCGGCAGCAUGGCGCAGGCCUUCGAUUGCACGAUCUGCCUCUGAGAUACCCGAGCAGGGCGGUCCUUCGCAGCCAGCCGAAGGCGAGCUGCCGGACUGGCUGAUGGAGGCCACCGGAGGGGUGCCGAAAGAAGCCCCCAGAGGCCGCGUGGACUUUGGUUGGGACUACCGAGUUGUCUCCGCGGUGAUUUUCGCGCUUGGCCUGCUUUACGUGGGAAUUCAAGGAUGA